AUGCCGCCGAACGGCUUCUUUCAUUUCUUCUUCGAUCUCUUCGGUGCCUCAGCCACCGCGACCAAUGUGGCCAACGGCAGGCCCAACGCGGAGACCACCCAAACCCGCCCCGCGCGACCCAACCCGCAGACUAUCAUUCGCGACACUGCAGGGACGCACGCGCCCGUAUUCUUCUGAACGUCCGCGACGCGCUGCACCAACGCCACAAUUGCGCAUCCGCGUCAGCUCAACAACAACACCUAUCAUCCCUCCUCCGAUGUGGCCCAGCAAUUCGCUCGCAUACGCUGUCUUCCCAACAAUACCCCUAGUCGUCGAUACCACGCACGUAUUCCCCCCACACUGCACCGCGCGCCCGCCACAACGACCACACUCGCGUACCAGCAACGCACGCGGUACCACAUGAAUACUGCGGAGGUCUUCCAUUCCAUCGGUGGAUUACAUAUUCGCCGGACCUGGCUUUCAGGUUCCGAUCGGAAGCAAGGCCCCGGUCUCCGCCCCUCUGUACGCGUUCUAUGAGCGCCGACGAAGCCUCUUCGCAGCGCUAAGGCGAGAUGCUUCUCCACACGGUCGGAGGAAGAGCAGAAGUAGACGUGUCGAUGUGAUUUGGAAAAGGAGACGGAGAGCCAUGGGCGGUUCGAGUCCUGGAGAACCGGAGGUACGGCGGGGCAUGGGGAUGGGGGACUACCCGGCAUAUACUGUUCUUGGACUCUCCUAGACGCACACCAUUCCCAAGCAGCAUCCCGAGUCGGACUGGAAUACAAGGACCUAUGAUAUUAGUCCUGUUAGUUGUUGGAGACGGAA